AUGCCUCUCCCACGUCGUGCCGUUAUUGCAAUCACCUCUGCCACCGCCCCUCUUCACGAAGGCAACCCUACAGGUCUCUUCAUCUCCGAAGCCCUUCAUCCUUUCAACGUAUUUACGGCGGCUGGAUUCGAAGUCGACCUUGUCUCUGAGAAAGGUACCUACGUACCGGACUGGUUGAGUCUGCAGCCAAGCUUCCUCCAUGGUGACGACAAGAAGGUGUGGGAGGAUGAGAAUUCGGAUUUCAGAAGGAAGCAGGACAACAUGGCCCCUGUCGGAAGUGUUGAUGGUAAGGACUACGGCAUCUUUUACGCCAGCGCUGGACAUGCUGCCCUGAUUGACUACCCCCAUGCCAAAGGCUUGCAGAUGAUUGCCACAGACAUUUGGGUGCAGGGAGGUGUUCUUACUGCUGUCUGCCGUGGUGAAGCCAUAUUCCCGGGCGUCAUCGACCCUGCUACCGGCAAAUCUGUCAUUGCUGGCAAGACCAUCACGGGCUUCACGACACAAGCAGAAUAUGACAUGCACGUUAUGGAGAUUAUUCGCAAAUGGAACAAGCCAAUGAUUGAUGAAUGGGCGGAUAAACCGGGCGCUCAAUAUACUCGAGCUGAUGGUGUGUGGGACAAUUUCCAUGUUACCGAUGGAAGAAUUGUGACAGGUAUGAAUUCACAAAGCGCAGAGUCCACGGCAGAGGCAGCAGUGGAAGUUUUUGGGAAGCUUUGA